GGCCAGUUUGGCUUCAAAUGAGGAUGAGGGACACUGAUGAGCCUGAUGAGGGAUGAGGAGGUGAGGAGGGAUGGGGACGUGGAAAUCGUGGAAUCCCAGCAGAUAAUGGUUAGACGUCCCUUUGGAGAUUUUCCGAUGAGUGGCAUCAAACAAGCAGUUGGCUGCGUUGAAGUGCUGACCCAAAAGAAGCUACUUCUGAUGGACAUCUUUGACAGGACUGGAAGCAGUAGUUACUGAUGCUAAAGUAAUGAUAUCACAGUAAUGACAUUGGAUGUAAUGAAUAAAGCCCCUUGGUGAACCGGCGGCAUCAUCCAUGCCACGUGCAAUGACUGAUGACAGCAGAGGGGCAAGCAGUUGAGCUGUGAUGUCAACUACGCGAUUUCCCCGUGUCCGCCUCGUCUUCACAACUUGAUGUUGUAACCAUGCGAAGCAGAAAGCUCGCUACAAAGCUUUCGUGUGCAAUCGUCUUGCUUACCGCCGGGCUGUUCGCUGUUUACCUCUCCUCCAAGCUACGUACUACCCAGCACACCAGUAGACCUCUCUCAUACUCGCCUAAUUUAUCUACGAAGUACAUACUGACUUGGACAUCGUUUUUUGGCGAUGUUCACUACAUACCUUCGACAGUCCUCAGUACUUGCGGGCCCCUGCCACCGUGCGUCGUCACACACAACCGAUCUCUGUUAAAUGAUAGCGACCUUGUAAUUUUUCAUCAGAGAGACAUUGAGGUGGACGACUUGCCACCAGAAAGGUCGUCCAGACGACAACGAUGGGCUCUUCUCAACCACGAAGCCCCACCUCAUACACCACGUGUACCAGCUCAAAUUGAAGGGGAAUUCAACUGGACCGUGACGUACCGUGAAGAUUCCGACGUCAUCUUACGGCCAAAACUUGCGCGGCUGCAUAGCCUGAGCGAGUCGCCAAAACCUCGAAACUGGUGGACCAACAAGACACGGCACGUAGUCUGGUUUGUGAGCAACUGCAACACUCCAAGCAACCGUGAAGGUUUUGUGGAAGAUCUGAGUCAGCACAUCAAGGUUGAUAUCAUUGGCCAGUGCGGUCAACAUUCAUGUUUGCCAAAAAUGUCCCAGAAGUGUUAUUCCGACGCUUCCAAUAUUUACUUCUUCUACCUGGCCCUCGAGAACUCGAUCUGCACAGACUAUGUGACGGAGAAGCUGUAUAACGCUCUCCUAUGGGGUAUGGUGCCAGUUGUGUUUGGCGGAGCCAAUUACAAGAAGGUUGCUCCCCCAAAUUCGUACAUAGAUGCCCUGUCCUUCGAGACAACAAAAGAUUUGGCAGACCACCUGAAGAGGGUCUCUAGAGACGCCCUGUUGUACAACAGUUACCACACCUGGCGUCUGAAAUAUAAAUUCACAUCAAAGCACUUUAUAUGUGAGCUAUGCAGCAUGUUGCACACAUCUUCCCCAGAGAAAACGUACGCAAAUAUCAAUGAUUGGUGGUUUGGAAGUGCAACCUGCAAAAAGUGGAUGAAAGUUUUUUCAUAACGUCAGUUGGAAAUGCCGUCGGGGAAAAGAAAUCUACCUUGCGACUUACAUUAGCUGCACACAACAUACGAUACAAAGAAACUAUCAGUCUCGAUUAUGACAACUCUAGCAUGGCGAAAGCGAUCCUUUCAUUGUGGCUCGUAAACUGUCAGGAUGGUGUGGCAGUUUGCAGAUGCAUUUAUGGGCCCACUGUCUUGGCAUCAUGCUUGAUAUUAUGUUAAACUGUCCCCUGAAGUAAUCAAGAGAAGAUAAAGACCCGGUUUCACCAACGCCGAUUAACAUUUGAACCGAGAUCAAUGGUCCCUUGACUUGAAUUUUACACUAAACUCUGCUUCAUAUAGGGAGUUAUUGUCACUGAAACAUUCAUCUCGUCACCAACUAACGUUCGGAAAAAGGAAUUUACUGUUAACAUGAAGUUUUAGCAAUCCUUGAUCUCGGUUUAAAGUUAACCAGCGUUGGUGAAACCGGGCCAAACUCUUACGGCAUGCACAGGACACUUCAAGCCUCCAUUACCGAAGUAAUGGGGCAAAAGAUAAUCAGUUGACAAAAAGGGGAAUUCACUCCCAUAUAUAUCAUGGGGCGAGGGGGAGCAGGGUAGGUUUUCGUAUCAAGCCCCCAUCAAGUCAUGGUAAUUUGUGACUUCACAUCGUGAGACAAUAAUGCAUUGUCUCACAAUAAUGAGUUCUGUCAUCGUGAUCGGUCCAUAGAGAAAUUUUCCUCAUUCAAGAAGAAAUGGGCAGCUAUCCAUGUUCUCCAUUGGUGCCUCACGGUGACAAACAUUGACCGUAGCAUUAAAAAAUUUAUGUUGAGCUGCAACAAGAACCCCAUUGCAAAAGAUUGCCCAGCAAAUUGUGCAUAUAUGCAUUGAUGUGUGCCGAUUUUUUUAAAAUGGCAUCAGCUACUUAAAAUACUCAGAACUUAUAUACCAUGUACACCUUUUUGUGACCUGUGUCAGUGUGGGCAUGCGUACCUACAGAUCAUAACAGUUGGCCGUUCUGUAAAGCUUGCCGCUGACACAAGUGAUCUACCAUGCUAUAUAUAAAACUAUUUACAAUUUACAUUGCUUUGCUAAUACAAAGCCUGUAUGCAAUGAGAGUGUAUCUCUAUUAUAAUAAACAGGAACUUUGAGUUGUACUAGAUCGCCAUCAAUAAAGAAGCUGUCAUACGACAAGAAACAUA